UGGCCCAUCUCCACAAGCUCAGGCCUCGUCGACCUCGUCUCCCAGAGCUUUCUCAUAGUAACGCAUCAUGACUUCCUCCAUUGUGUUCGAAGCCGACAUCAUCCUUGCUGGCGGCGGAACUGCUGCUUGCGUGAUUGCUGGACGAGUUGCGGCCGCAGAGCCCUCUCUCAAAAUUCUCAUGAUAGAGGCGGGUCCACCUACUCUGGAGGAUGAUGCACAUGUGCAGCCCGCUCGCUACCUGAGCCAUCUUCUGCCGGAUAGCACGACCGUCAAGUUCAAUGUCGGCAAGGAAAGUGCCGACCUUGGCGGCCGCGCUCCUAUUGUACCCUGCGGACAGUGUAUUGGCGGAGGGUCGAGUGUCAACUUUACCAUGUAUGCGCGGCCGUCUCCCUCUGAUUAUGACGACUGGGAGAACGUGUACGGGAACAAAGGAUGGGGCUCUCGCGAUCUGAUACCCUUUCUGCAGAAGAUGGAGACGUACCAAGUGACGCCUGGCCAGCCCACACACGGCUAUGAGGGACCCAUCAAGGUGUCCCGCGGCGGCAUUUACGCCAAUAUCGGUCAAGAUUUCUUCGACGCCGCUACUCAAUACGACAAGAGCAGAGGCGUUACCGAGGACCCGAAUGACAUGAUCGAUAUCAAUGUCUACGGGCGAUGGCAAAAGUAUAUCGAUCAAGAGAAGGGCCGUCGGUCUGACACACCUCACCACUACGUCUACAACCAACAGCUAGAUAAUCUGGAGAUUCUGACCGGCUACCAAGUCAAGCGGGUCAUCGUCGAAGAUGGUCGUGCCGCCGGCGUCGAGUUCGUCCCCAAUGUGCGCUUCGGCGGUGACAACAUUCACGGAGUACGUAUCGCGAAGGCGCGCCAGCUCGUUGUUGUCUCUGCUGGUGCAUUCGGCUCUCCCCCAAUCUUGGAACGUUCGGGCAUUGGCGCUCGUCACAUCCUUGAGCCGCUAGGAAUUGAUGUAGUCUCCGACUUGCCUGGCGUUGGAGAGAACUAUCAAGACCACAACAUUGUUUUUGUGCCGUACAAGGCUGACGAUGAGGCUGAGACCCUGGACGGUAUUGUCAACAAUGAUAAAGAUGAAGUUGAGAGGUGGACUGCACAGUGGCAGAUGGACGGGUCCGGCAAGAUGGCGUCGAAUGGAAUUGAUGCGGGUGUCAAGCUCAGGCCUUCCGCUGAGGAGCUUGAACUCAUUGGCCCGUCGUUCACCAAACGGUGGCAAGAGGUGUUCGCAAAUGCACCCGACAAGCCAGUUCUGUGGCUUGGUUUGCUUAGCAUGUUCGUCGGCGAUCGUACCGCACUGCCGCCUGGGAACUAUAGCAGCAUAGCGUUCUUCUCGGAAUUGCCAGCAUCGAUCGGGUACCUUCACAUAACCUCGGCUGACGACGUAGACGCCACGCCUGACUUUGACCCGAAGUUCUUCAGCAAGCCCGAGGAUGUAGCCGUGCUCCGAUGGGCCUACAAAUAUGGGCGAGAGAUCGCUCGUCGUAUGUCUCACUAUCGCGGUGAAUACCUGCCAGGACACCCAGUCUUCCCCGAGGGCAGCCAGGCUGCUUGCAGCGGAGACGCGAAGCCGACUGCGAUCUCGGCCUCGAAGAUUGUAUAUAACCAAGAGGAUGACAAGGCGAUUGACGACUAUCUUCGGAAAGUCGUCGCCACGACAUGGCAUAGCCUCGGCACGUGUGCUAUGAAGCCGCGCGAACAGGAUGGUGUCGUGGACUCCAAUCUGAACGUAUAUGGUGUUUCGGGAUUGAAGGUAGCAGAUAUGUCGAUCGCACCUUCCAACGUCUGCGCAAACACUUGCUCCACUGCCAUUGCGAUUGGUGAGAAGGCGUCGACGAUCAUCCUUAAAGAGCUCAGUUCCGCUGCGCAUGCUUGACGCAGGUUUAUAUCAUGAUCUGUAUUCUGUAUCUGCGUAGUGAGUGGCUUGUGGAAUCUUCUGUUUGUACAUGUAGCAAUGCAACACACCCCUGUAUAUGAUCGUACAUAGUGUAACAUAGACGUCAUUUGCAACGCCGAUAUGGCGGUUUUCAAUGAUGAUGACAGCUGGACUUCGAUGAGUCCAAUAGUAAUGUGCAGUUUAU